AUGGGUCUUCAAUUCUGUGGUUCCCAAAAUGGUGUGAAGAUGGGGGCCUUGAACGCUCCCAGACGCGCAAUAUGGAUCUGCUCUGUUGUUAGCCUCACUGCGUUUCUUAUCCUCUUCUGCUUCCCCGUCUCUUCGUUUUAUCCGUUGAAACCCACUGUCACUCCAUCCAACCCUCCCCCUCCCCCUCCUCCUCAAAUUACGGAUACAUUCAGUGCCAACUGUCAUAAGAAACCUCGACCAGAAGCAUACAAACAACAUGGCAAUGGAACCGAAAGCUUAGCUCUUCCUAAGCUGAUGGCGGAGCUAUGGAAGCCCCUCGUGCAUCCUAUCACGGAGAGAGUGUUCGUCACCGACAAAGGAGAACGCUUCGAAGUACCGAUCAACCAAGUGCGAUGGAAGAAACCACUUGGAAAACGAGUUGUCAUCGUCGAUACUGAUACUCGGCUUGAUGGAAAAACCGAAAACACGAUGUUGAAUGAAUGCCCCUUGAACUUUACAACACUACCUGGUCGGACUGGAGGUCACCUGAACCACUAUAUAUACGCUAUGAUUCACGGCUACGAUUACCGACUAGUCCGUGCAGCCGACUAUCCCGAUCGACAUGGAACUUGGGUUAAGCCCGCCAUCACCAAAGAAGCCCUCAAGACCCACGACUUCGUCAUCUCGCUAGACUCAGAUGCAGUCUUCACUCAUCUCGACCUCCCACUAGAAUGGCUCAUGAACCUCUGGGAUUACCGCCCAGAAACCCUAGUCGCUAUGGCUUACGACCUCGACUGGGAACAAGACUACGAUCCUCAAGGAAACCUAAUUCUCAACACAGGCUUCGUCAUCGCACAAGCAAGUCAGCGUACCCAAGAAAUGUUUCAACGAUGGGAAGAUUGCCCACGAAGUAUACCAGGCUGUGACCACUGGAACUUCAAGUGGGCACAUGAGCAGAGCGCUUUUUCGUACUACAUCCGGUAUGAGUUUAACAGAACACACGAUGUGAAGAACAUACCGUGCAAUCAGGCAAAUGGCAAUGAGUUCACACUUGAUGGAAAUGGCGAGUGCAAGGGCGUUUUUGUAAGCCACAAUUGGAAACACAAACACAAGACGCCCGAACUGUUGAGCAGGAGCAUAAUGACUUCGCUGGCCCGCCGGGUGCAUGGGCAGUUCCACCAUGAUAUAAACGACUUAUAUAUAGAUGCCUCGAAACAAACGUAUCCGAUUGAGGAUAAGGUAACCUAA